AACGACAGCAAGACCACAGCAACAAUUUUUUCCAUACGCAACACAACACACAAUUUAUACUUGGAGUCGUGCAAGGACGGUUUGCGUCUAUAUUUGGAACGUGAUAACACCACCGAAAUGCUACCUGUGAAAUUCAAUUUAUACGAUUAUCGCUGGCAUCAAGUAGCCAUCAGCAUACAAAAUGGAGAUUUUAUUUCAGUUUUCGUCGACUGCUCCUGGACAAAUAGUUUUAUUGUUUCGAAACGUUUAUUCUCGCUGCCUUUGGAUGCGGAUGUGGAAAUUGGACGCGGAUUUAAUGUGAGUAUUGGGAAAUAUUUUAUUGCGCAAAAACAAACAACGCAGAUGGUCUUCCGACCCGUGAACAUGCCACGUAUAAUUGACGAUAAUGGUUUUCAAAGCUUUUUCAUGGGUAUCUUGCCAGACAUAUCGCCUCUAAAUGCAAAACGCAAAAGAUUCUUAAAAAUGAAAAUUUUGGAAUUAAUCAAUGAAUUAAAUGAAGAACAGGAAUCUGAAGAACAUUUUAUUUCAUAUGAAAGUGAAGAAUCAUUGUAA